AUGGCUUCGCUGUGCCCGGAUCCGAGGAAGUUCUGGUGGUUAGAAGCUGACACUGGCACUGUGGAAGUUGGGUGGGAGGGCAUCCAGCGCCUUCUGGAUCCAAAGAUCAAGGCGAUGGGCGCGCAGAACGCGUACUUUCCGCUGCUGAUUCCGGUGAGCUUCCUUUCCAAGGAGGCCAGUCACGUCGAUGGCUUCGCCAAGGACCGGCUCUGA